AUGACUGAAACACUAACCACCGAUACCAACUGUUCUAUACGACAAUUAAAUUUUUCUUUAACAGAAGAAUUUCAUUUGAUUAAUGAUGAAAAUCUCGAAGAAAUGUCUAUUAUAUGGCUUGAUUCUAAUAUUCAUAAGACUGAUGACUGUUUAGAAAUGAUGAAUGCAUUACGUUCUAUUAUUAAUGACUUACAUGCAUAUGAUAAUAUUGAUAAAUGUAUAAAUUAUAUUAAUUCCAUUAGAACAGAUGAAAAAAUUGUUUUUAUUGUUUCAGGUCCAUUAGGUGAGAAAAUUAUACCAGACAUAUAUCAAUCACCGAAAAUUGUAUCAAUUUAUAUAUUUUGUUAUGAUAAAACAAAACAUGAAGUAUGGUCAAAUCAAUAUAAAGCUAAAAUACAAGGUGUUUUCAAUGAAAAAAAUUUACUGUAUUCUAAGUUAAUAUCAGAUGUUAAUUUACAGCUACGAAAUUUUUUACCAAUAAGUGUAUUGAGCGAAAAUGCAAAACAAAAAUCUAUUACAGAUUUAAAUAGACAAAGUACAUCUUUUAUGUGGUUUCAAUUAUUAAUUGGAAUUUUGAUUCAUUUGAAACAUAAUGAACAUGCUAAGGAUGAAAUGAUAAAUGCAUGUCGAAAACAAUAUAAAGGUAAUACAAGUAGAACAGAACAAAUCGAAAAGUUUUCUUCAGAAUAUAAUCCGAAUAAAGCUGUUGAAUGGUAUUGUCAAGAUAGUUUUGUUUAUCGUUUAUUAAAUCGAGCACUUCGUACAGAAAAUAUUGAUAUUAUAUACGAAUUUCGUAAAACCUAUGUGAUUGCCGAAGAAUUUGUCGAUAGUGGGACAUUUAAUUAUCCGAAGGUUGUUUUUACAAUUAAAAUCAAUAAUUCAAUUGAUAAUGAUCAUGAAUUUGCUACCAUUCAAGAUAUGAGCAAUUUUAGUCAAGAAGAAGAAAUCUUAUUUACUAUUGGUACUGUAUUUCGAGUUGAUCUUGUUGAACAAGUUACUGAUACAUUCUGGUCUGUUGAAUUAUCAUUAGAGAACCAAACAAAUGUUGAACUACAAUAUGUUAUGAAUAAUAAACAUGAUGAAGGAAUAGAAUAUUUGAAAAAAGCACAAUAUAUUAAAUUGAAAUAUGUAUCAUCAAAUAGUCAAGUUAUGAUUUCAACAUACAAUAAGCUUGCAAUGAUAUAUAGACAUAAAGCUGAUUAUAGAAAUUCAUUAGAAAAUUAUAAAAAAAAAAUACUAGUAAUUAAACUAUCCUUAGAUGAUUCAGAUCCAAAACUAGCUGCAAUAUAUAAUAAUAUUGCAUUGCUUUAUACCGAAUUAGAUAAUAAUGACGAAGCAUUAUUCCAUUAUAGGAAGGCAUUAGAACUUGAGAUCAAAUUUUUACCAUCGAAUCAUGAUAAAAUUGGAACAACAUAUAAUAAUAUUGCUUUAUUAUAUAGAAAUAAACGUCAUUAUGGUGAAGCAUUGAAUAAUUAUGAAAAAGCUCGUGAAGUAUAUUUAAAUAACUUAGGAAAAGAUCAUCCCAAUGUUGCAUCUGUUUAUCACAAUAUUGGGGAUACUUAUUAUAAAAUUGGUCAAUUUGAUAAAGCAUUUGAUUAUUUUAAAGAAGUAAUUGAUAUACAAUCAAAAUUUCUUUCAGAAAAUCAUGUAGAUCUUGCAAAAUCAUUCAAUAGUAUUGCAGCAAUUUAUUGUGACAAAGAAAAUUAUGACAAAGCACUUGAAUAUUGUAAAAGAACACAUGAUAUACAAUCAAAAUUAUUACCCAAGAAACAUCCUGAUUUAGCUACAACCUAUGUUACUUAUGGCACAAUUUACUUAAAAUUAAAUAACCAUAGUGAAGCAUUGAAAUACUAUGAAGAUUCUCUCGAAAUUAUGUUAACACUAUAUAAAGAUGAUCAUUCUGAUCUUCAAUCGACUUAUGAUGCUAUUGGAGAAAUUUAUUUUACAAUCGAAAACUAUGAAAAAGUACUCAAGAUUCAAUUGAAAAUGUUACCUCAAACAGAGAAUAAAAUACAUAUAACAUACAACUGUUUAGGACUAGCUUAUAGUAAACAAGGUAAUUAUUUAGAAUCAAUGAAAAAUUUUGAAAAAGCAUUACAAAUUCCUUUAAAACCAGAAAAUCAGCUUGAAACAGCAAUAAUAUUUUCGUCUAUAGGAUUUAAUUAUCAAAGUCAACGUAACUAUCGAGAAGCAUUGAGAUAUUAUGAAAAAACAAUUGAAAUUCAUUCAAAUCUAUUAACAAGAUUUCAUCGCAAUCAAGUAACAACUUAUAGUAAUAUGGGAGCCAUUUAUUUUGAUGAACAAAAAUAUAAAGAAGCAUUAAAAUAUUUCAAGAUCGUUCUUAAUAUACAAAUGAAAUAUUUCGAAACAAAUUAUUUAGAUCAAGUCGAUACAUAUAAUAAAAUAGGUCAUACUUACAGAAAACUCAAAGAAUAUCAUGAUGCCAUGAUUAAUUAUAGAAAAGCACUUGAAGUUCAAAGUAAUCAUAUACCAUUAAAUGAUUAUAAAUUCGCAAAAACGUUUUAUAAUAUUGGAUUUACAUUUUAUGAACAGGAAAAUUUAGUCGAUGCAUUGGUUUACUUUACUAAAGCAUUAGAAAUUCAAUCACAAUAUACUCAUGAACAAUCAGAAGAUCUAGCAAUAAUAUACAAUAAUAUAGCGGGAGUUUAUUUAAGAGAAGAAAACUAUGAGAAAGCUCUGUUUAAUGCCAAUCAAUCGCUGAAACAUUGUCCUAAAGAUUAUGAGUCAUCUAUCGCAUCAUAUGAUAUCAUAGCUGAUAUACAUUUAAAACAGAAUCAUUUUCUAGAUGUUCUAAAUGCUUAUUCAGAAAAGAUUGAUAUUAUGAAAGAGAUAUCAUAUGAAAAUCGUUUAGAAUUAUCAAAAACUUAUCACACCAAAAAAUUAGAAUAUUAUCGUAAAGAACUGGAUAUUCGUUUAACAACAUUACAAUCUAAUUAUUCCGAUUUAGUAGUUAAUUAUCAAAAUCUUAGUAUGACAUAUUAUCAAUUGUCAGAAUUUGUUGAUGCAUUCAAAAUAAAUGAAAUGGCACUUAAAAUAGCUUCUGAACAUUUAUCAAAUCAUUAUGAAAAUCUCAUAACAUUAUACAGUGAUGCAGGCGCAAUGUAUUUCACAAAAGAAAGAUUAUGA